CAAAAAUAAUUUUUAUUCAUUUUCUAAAGAAUCAAACAAUUUUAAAUAAAAAUCAUUCAACAUAACUAACGCUAGCAAUUUAGCUGUCGGUGAAUAUACGAAACGUCGCGUGUUAUAUAAUGAAAUAACUAGACUGUGGUCCGCAUUCAAAUCACGAUUUUUGAAAACAAUAACAAUUUCCCUAAUAAAAUAAUUGCUGCAGUUAAUGAACACAGCAAAAAAUGGUGAUUUGUGUGUUUGUAAAUACACAACAAACAAGAUAAAUGUGUCAAUGCAGCAAUUGAGAAAGAGAAACAGUCAACAAAAUAAUAAGUUCGUCCAAUAAAUUUCAAUUGAGAGCGCCAAUAGAGAAGUAGAAAAAAUAAUUUAGUUUCCAAAUAACCGUCACAUUUGUACAUUGUGUAGCGUCUCAUUGUGUCAACGUGUGUUGUGUUCUUAUUUUCGGGGUUGCAUAAAUUAACAGCGUGACAAAACACAAAAAAAAUACCUAACAAAUAUUUGCAUAAUAAAGUUAUUAAAAUAUAGUAAAGGCCAUCGUCGUCGCCGUCGUAGCUGAGAUCAGCCAGAAACAAAAACAAACGGAAGAAUUUGUAACAAGAAAAAAAGGCCAAAACGAAACGAAAAUCUUGAAUUUGGAAAAAAAAUAUUUGUUGUUUAUUUUUUUCAUCUCUGCUUUGUGUUUAUAUUCCGGCUCAGCUGUUUGUUGUGUGCGAGAGAGUGGUGUUGCCAACCUCUCAGUUGUCAUCUAUACUCCGGGUUAUACGGUAAAGGUAUCUUGAAAUACCACUAAGUUUUUAUUUCCCUCAUUCAAAAUUUCUGACCAUCGCGGUACGACUAGAUCUAAGCCUGUGUUAAAAAAAUAAAUAAAUAUAAAUUAUGAGUGAUCAAAAUGAGGCAGCUGGCGCCACAGGUGGCGCUGAACAGACAUCAACAACAGCAACAUCACAGGCUAUUCCUGCUACACCCAGAUCCAGUGCCACAACUCCUACCUCAUCUGUUACCGGUGCACCAGUCAGUCGCCUAAAGGCUCCAACAAAUUUCAGCGGUUCAUCGUCUUCAGUUUCGAAAAUUGGACGACCAUGCUCGCAUUCAGCUCCAAAGGCAGGCCCUCCACACCGAGACACAAGCAGCAUGAGUCGUGAAAGCGAUGACAAUUUGAGUUCAAUCAAUUCACAAUAUACAGACCUCUAUCAGGAGACAGUUAAACGUUUUACACGUUCGUCAUUGUCGCCCGAAGUGGAUCGUUUCUCUCCAUCACGCUAUUCAUUCAAGUCAAGUUCUCCAUACGAUUUUUACGUAGAGGCCACAGGCCGACGACGCAGUUCAGAUCACGGCGCUAUACUGACACACGACACGGAACAGUUUAUCAUCGGACAGAGGGUAUGGGUUGGUGGCAUACGUCCCGGGCAAAUAGCCUAUAUUGGUGAGACACAUUUUGCCCCAGGAGACUGGGCUGGCAUAGUGUUGGACGAACCCAGUGGUAAAAAUGAUGGUUGUGUUGCCGGUAAACGUUACUUCCAGUGCGAACCAAAGCGUGGCAUAUUCUCACGCUUGACUCGCCUCACAUUGGCUCCACUGCCAGGAGCCUCAACACCAACUUCGCCACUAUCAAAAAUGUCGCCAGAUCGCUCACGCACCGUAUCGCCCACAGCCAGUAUUCGCAGUUCAUUCUUGCGUAGUCCAGGAAAAAAUGGCUUGACCGUUGGUGAUCGCGUUAUUGUGUCCUCCGGCUUUGGCAGUCGCCCCGGUAUUCUACGUUAUUUGGGCGAAACACAAUUUGCCUCUGGCAAUUGGUGCGGCAUUGAACUCGACGAAGCAACUGGCAAAAAUGAUGGUUCCGUGGAUGGUGUCAGAUAUUUCGAAUGCAAACCCAAAUAUGGUGUCUUUGUGCCAAUCGCUAAGGUCUCAUUGUCACCAUCAUCGAAAAAGUCGCGUCUCUCCCGUACCGGAUCCCGUGAAUCUCUCACAUCAAUUGGCACAAUGAACAGCAUUGCCACGACGAAUACAUCGCGUUUGCGCUUGAAUGCUCAGGAUAUUUUGCGCGAGAAACAACAACACAUUGAACAAUUGAUGAUCGAACGCGACUUGGAUCGUGAGGAUUCACAGAAUCAGGCAUUCCAGUACCAGAAGAAUAUCAAUGAGGUAAAUAUAUUCAGUGAUAUAACAUAUCCACCACCGACACCAUCGUCCCUGAUGGCAAUGCGGCGUCCGUUCGGUGUGCUCUCCACGAAACAACAGCCAGCACCGAUUUCAAAGAACACAACAUUGGUCGAACGUUCGCCCUCGCGUUCCUUGACCUCAUCACCGGUGGCAACGAAAAAGAAAGUUUGGUUUAGCGACAAAGAGAGACUUUAUUUUCCACGUGGCUUGUCAACGAAAACAUUAUUUUAAGAUUUGUUAAUUCCGUUCUCAGUUUUUUUGUUUUCUUUCGUUUUGUGUUCUUGUAUUCUAAUUUAAAGCGUGAUAGCGAUUUGUGUUGAAUGACUUCAAACGUUAUUCGAUGAAGAUCGAUCCAUCACCUGGCAAAUACCACAAUUAAAUUGCACCUACCUCUAAGGUGUUUUCUCCAUGAGGCAUUUCCAUCAUACAUACAUACAUACGUACACAUUCACACCGAAUAUAACCUUGACGACACAAAGGACAAUGUGGGAUCAUUUUAUGUUUUAUGUAUCUUACUGCUAAUAUUUUUUCACUUCGAAUAGUUUGGCGGCUUAAAACAUUUACAGCUGAUAUUGGCUGGCAAUACAAAACAGUUACAUAUACAACGGCAUCGGAACUGAAUUUCUAUUGGUCAAGUGGUAAUGUUCCAAUCCAUUGGUAUUACAAUUCAAAUAAUAUGCGGUAGCUAAUGUUUUGAGCAGCACUGUUCUAGCCUAUGAUUUUGAUGUGUCGAACUUCCCAUUACAUACCGACACAAUACUUGUUCUCUAUUCUUUUUCACAUUUUGCAUAAUUUCACAAAAUCUUGACUUUUUCACUUUUUUAAUUGGAUUAGAAAUUUUGCAGACCACCUAAGUUUUUCUGCAGACUGAAUAGCAAAUAAUUGGUGAAUCAAAUCAACUUUCUUUUUACAAACAUUCUCCAGUAUGAAAUAUUCCCAUCAAAUUCAUAUUUUAUGAUUUCCCCCAGAAUAUUAUUCAAAACGUUAGUCUAACAACAUCCAAGGAUUGCAGUAUUUCGAACUCCUCUGUCUUUAUUAAUUUUUCUCUUUCGUACACAAAUAAUUUCCUCACUUUAAAUAAUUAAUUAAAUUUGUUGUUGUGUUUUAUUCAUUUACUAAUUCAAUGAUGCUAACACCAUCUACAUAAGCACACAUACACCAAUAACAACAACAAUCUAAUUAACAUAAUUGUUAAUUGCAUGUGUUAAGUUAAUUGCAUAUGAGUUUUGUUUGUAAUGCCGAACAAUGAUUUGGCAAUUGUAAUUCUUCGAAUAAAGUGUAUUGUUUCCAUUCGA